UAACUUGAACACCUGGAAUUGUGUUCACCAUAAUUACAUCACACCAAUGUGAGGUCACCGUGCACCUACCAGGUGACGGCCUCCGUCCUGACGUCACCGUGAAAGUGUAGGCACCUAGAAGCCAGGAAACAAGAUUUCAUUGCACAAGAAAAGUCCGAUCGAAGCUCAGGGCAGAGCAUAUCCCAUGUGGGCCAGGAGGGCCGCCAUGCCUGGCUUCACAGUCGGAAGGGGCCUCAAUUCCGAUUUUCAUCUUUCCCCAAAGCAGUGUGUACUUUCAGACACAGAGACACCACGUGAUCUAAACAAGGCUGUCAUCAUACACCUUGAAACUUGCACCCCAUUCAGAACCUGCAGAGUACCGUGAAUUAAUAAUGGAGUCAUAUAUUAUUCAUAGAUCCACUCAUUUGCCCUAUGAGUAAUCUUGUAAUGUCAUAUUAUAAUGUGGAACUCUGAAUUUCUCCUACUUGAAAAUGCCAGUUCUUGAACCUUGUUUUGGCAAUUCUUUAUUUCUGAGUAUUUUGAAGUUUCAUAGAAUGUAAGCAGCCUAUGUUUCUUUCCCUCCAAGAGGCCCUGACUUGGUGGAGUAGAGGGCCACAGCCUUCCUCGAAGACACCCAAGAUCCCCAAGAUUUACACCAAAACAGGAGAUAAAGGGUUUUCCAGCACCUUCACUGGAGAACGGCGGUCCAAAGACGACCAGGUGUUUGAAGCUUUGGGAACUACAGAUGAAUUAAGCUCAGCUAUUGGGUUUGCCAUGGAAUUAAUUGCGGAAAAGGGCCACCCAUUUGCUGAAGAGCUUGAGAAAAUCCAGUGCUCCCUGCAGGAUGUCGGCUCCGCCCUGGCGACCCCGCGCUCCUCGGCCAGGGAGGCCCACUUAAAGCACACGGCGUUUGGGACGGGCCGCAUCCUGGAGCUGGAGCAGUGGAUCGACAGAUACUCCAGCCAGCUGCCCCCCCUCACGGCUUUCAUUCUGCCUGCUCAGCGACUAUCUCUUCACCUUAGCCAGAUACACGGCCAUGAAGGAGGGGAACCGAGAAAAAAUAUACAAGAAAAACGACCCGUCGGACUGAAUCUGAGGCACUUGGAAAUAAUGGAAAGAGGGAGCCUUGUAAACCCUUCCGGGGUGGCUCUCGGGAAAAGGGGGGUUUGCCUUCUGUGUCCUGGCUCCGGAGGCUGGUCUUUUGUCCAAACUCAGCCGCCUUUUAGACCCCCUGCCACCUCCCUCCAGGAGCUGGGGCUGCUGGGGAACCUGCACCCCCAUCCCCAGGCUCUCCUUGGUCUUAGAGGCGGUGGGAUUGACGUCAGUAUUGCAGGAAAGAGAGGUAAAGUGAUUGCUGUAAUGAGAAGCAGCUGCCCCGAAAAAGAAUAAAAGUGGGGAAGGUUUGUA